AUGGACGGGCCAGGCGACUGGCGCGCCAUCUGGGCCAGGCACAGCCCCGAGUUCGUGUGGGUGUGCCACAUGCCGUACAACGGCGCCUGCUGGACGCGCAUGUUCCCCGCAGACGAGCUCGCCGCCAUGUCGGAGCGAGGCGAACGAGCAAGCAUCCCGAGCGCAGCCAUCUUCGCCACACGGCAGUUCCGCCUGGCCAGCGGCGGAAGCCCGAGCGGCGCGCUCUACCUGCAGCCCGACUGGUCCUCGGCCUACGCCCACCCGAGCGGCGGCGCGCGCCGGGUCGAGGUCAUGGCAUCGUGGGUCGACGAGCAGGGCGAAGCAGCCGCCGAGUGCGCGCGCAGCACGCUGGGCCGGCUGGCUCGCAGCGUCGGCCUGGAGCACGGGCUGGCGCUGCUGCUGGGCUUCGAGGUCGAGCUGGUCUUUCGGCCCUGCGCCGGGCACGUCGCCUCGGACGAACAGACGCUCUGCAUGGUCGAGGCGGCAGUCCGUGCCCUGCGCGAGGCGGGCGUGCCCGUGAGGCAGUUUCACGCCGAGGCCGCGCCCCGUCAGUGGGAGUUUGUGCUGGGCGCCGUGCCGCCUCUCGAGGCCGUCGAUGGCCUCGUCCGCGCCCGCCGAGUCCUUGCCUUUAUCGCCCGCGCCCAUGGCGCUCAGGCAACCCUGCACCCGCGGCCCGUCGCCACCGAGUUCGGCACGGGCGCCCAUGUCCACAUCUCGGCCACGCCCCUGAGCCCGACGGCGACGUCGCCCGACAGCUUCUUCGCCGGCAUCCUGCACCACCUCCGCGCCGUCGCUGCCUUCACCUUGCCGCUCGACGUCAGCUACCAUCGGGUCCGGCCCGGCAUCUGGAGCGGGGGCGAGUACGUCUGCUGGGGGUGGCAGAACCGAGAAGCGCCCCUGCGCCGCAUCUCGGCCACUCGCUUUGAGGUCAGGACGCUGUGCGGGACCGCCAACCCCUAUCUGGCUCUGGCAGCCCUCCUGGCCGCGGGCUUGGACGGCCUGCGCGGCCGCAUGGCAUUCACCACGGCCGACUGCCAGCAGGAUCCCGCCAAGCUCUCGGAUGCCCAGCGCCAGGCCCUGGGCAUCCGCCACCGCCUCCCGACCAGCGUAGACGAGAGCCUCGAGGCCCUCGAACAGGAUGCGCCGCUGCGUGAAAUCAUGGGCACGCGUCUGGCUGCUGGAUACUCUGCCGUCACCCGCGAGUGGAACGACGACUUGCGUGCCAUGGACGAGCACGACCGGCACGAGUUUCUACUGGCCAACUACUGA